UCAUUGCUGAUGGCAGUAAUUGAAAGUACCCAGCUGACUUUUCUAACCAUCCUGUCCUUUGCUCCUUGUACUAGCUGAGCUUCAAUUCCUUUGCAAGCUAGUCUGACCUUCCCAUUCUCCUCCCUGCAGGUGUGACCAGUACGUGACCCAGCUGGACCAGAUGCAGCGGCAGCUAGCGGCCGCCGAGGACGAGAAGAAGACACUGAACUCGCUGCUGCGCAUGGCCAUCCAGCAGAAACUGGGCCUGACCCAGAGACUGGAGGAUCUGGAGACCCCUCACCCUGGAGCCAGCCCUCGACGGAGCCGCGGAAAGCCCGUCCGAUCCUCCCGCAGCCCCAGAGCCAGCCCAGUCAGGCACUACCGCAGCCCCCGAGCCAGCCCACGAUGAAACCAUCUGAAAAAGAACCUUCCACGAUGUUCCACUGAAGCCGAUUUUCUGUCCUUGGAAUUCAGUUUUGUCACAGACGCUGACACCGUGCUCUCUGUCUUCUUCCUCCUCCUCAUUUCUAAAAUAACUGGACAAAGAAUUAAUUCAUCCCUCGUUCCCACUGAAAACUUAAUGACAAAUCCAAGUACUGCAACGCUGUCCUGAAUAUUGAAUAAACAAAACAAAUGAUGCUUCAAAAUUGGAAAAUGUUCCAUUUUAAGGAUUUUGCACUAAUACAUUGACAAAACUAUGACCCUUUUUUUGUCUUACAAUUUAUAAUGUUUUAAUUGAACAGUGUAAAUGUUGGUUCUAGUUUACAAUGAUGGCAAAUAGUUUACUUUAGUGGAUAGCUGUUCCUAUCUGGUGAUUCAAUGCCACCCACACAAUCUACCAUUGCAUAUCUUUUUGAAGUGAGUAUCCAUAUAGGAAUUGGGUUACAGAAGCACACGAUGGCUUUUUACAGCUCACUGCAUCACCACAAUUGUGAAACUUACAGCCUCUAAACUUAUUUGGGGGACUUAGAACUAAUCUAAUCAGCCUGAUUUUAAAUAAGGGUCAAUUGAUCUAAAAAUGAUUUAGAUAAAACAAAGAAAUGAUCACCAACUGUUACAUUUACAAUAACUUUUUUUUGUGUGCUUCAUUUAAAAUCCCCUAUUUAAAUGAUAUUUUAAACCACAGUUUAAAAGAUCAGCUCUAUCAAGUAGUUAUGUCAAUGUGUUUAUAAUCUCAUACUGUUGCAGAAGGAGAAUGUAACUGAUUAUAUAUUUUAGUGUAAAACUGGCCUGGAUUGUGGGACACUGGCAGUUAAAAUCAUGCCACAUACACUCAAACCACUUGAAAACUGCAAUUUUUAUUAUUAAAAAUAUAUAUACAAAGUCAUCAAGUUGCAAACUCCAUUACAACGUGCCUUAUGUAUGUUUUAUAAAUGUAACUGUUGGG